CGUUCACUCGAGGGGGUAUCGGCGUUUGUUUUUUUUAAAAGUACACGUGUAAAAAAAAGCCGCAAUUAUUAUGACGUCAACAGAAAUUUACAGUGAAGAUGAAUUGGUCGCACCGGAGUGGUUAAAUAGGGAAUUUUUUGAAACCGUUCUACAGAAUUGUGAGAAAGUAGACGACGUUGAAAUUAAUAAUUUUGAAUUAACUCCGGGGACUCUGAAGGGCGAUCAUUAUGCCAGUGUUAUGUUCCGAGCCAAAGUAGAGUACAAUUUGGCAGGUGUGCAGAAUGUUAAGUCUAUGAUUAUUAAGACCAUGCCUGAAAUGGAGGGGGAUAAGAAAGAUUUUCUUGGCGACACUAGAAUUUUUGAAACUGAAAUUGGUAUUUACACUAAAAUUUUACCAAAAUUUGAAAGUAUUCUACGCUCCGUUGGUGAUGACACAACAUUUGGACCCAAAUGUUUACAUUGGGGCUUAAAUCCAAAACAGUUCAUAAUUUUGGAAGAUCUUGUACCUCUUGGUUACAGUAUACUACGUGAACGCGAUGUUAAUAUGGAGGAAGUAAAAGAAGUCUUUAGAAAAUUGGCAUUGUUUCAUGGAAUUAGUUAUUUUCUACUUGAAAAGGAACCAGAACUAUUUGACACUUUUCGUUACUGUGUCAUGAAUCAACCAAAAAUGUGUCAAAAUGAUUUUAUGACUGAUUCCAUACCAUUGGUUAUAGAAAUGCUAGACGAAGUGCCUUCGUUGAACCAAUACAAACCAUUUUUUGAGACAUUACAAAAAGAUAUGAUGGAAAAUUGUCGUAAAACAUGUGAUGAGUAUCGUGAAAAUCCACAAAAAGAUGGUAUAUACGUGCUGUGUCAUGGAGACUUUCAUUUUAAAAACAUGAUGUUUAAGAAUCAUACAAAUCAAAGAAAUUUAGAGAACGCACUAUUCUUGGACUUUCAAAUGAGUUUUGUUGGUCCUAUAGUAGUUGAUUUAAGCAAUGCAUUCUAUAUGAUGUUAUCACGUGAACAACGUUUUAAACGCUUCGAUGAGUUACUCCAUCUGUAUUAUAGUCAUUUCAAGUCAAUCUUAAGUAAGGUUGGUUUUGGUGGCACUCUUCCCGAAUUAAGUGAUAUUAGAGCCUUGUUUUUAAAGCACAAGCAUCUUGAAUUUUUUAUUUUUGCUAUGUGCUUACCAGUUCGUUAUGUAUGGCUAGACAAAAGCUUUUGUUUGGAAAAGGCUAUGGGUUCAAGAGACUUUCGCAAGUCCUUAUACAGCAAUCCUGCUUUUCUGGAAGAAGUGCAUCAUUUGUUGUCUAAAUAUUCAGAAGAAGGUUUUUUUAAAGUUUCAUAGUAGAGUAAUUUAAAAUCAAUGGAAUAUAUUAUAUAAGUACAACAAGUAGUUGCAAUAUAGAAAAACGUAUACUGUAAAAUAAAAGUUUUUUAUCUAUUUGAUUUGUAAUAAUACUGUACAUAUAUCAAUAAGUUUAAUCUUAACAGCUUACGAUACGCGGCGUACCUUAUUAAAAAAUGUCAACUCACUAUUCGUCCGUUAUCAAACACUUUAGAUAAUGGUAUAUAGUAAAACUUGACU